AUGAAUGCAUCAGUAAAAAUUUCUUUAAUUGAUCUUAAUUUACAUUCAGAAAAUAAUGAAAUUACUUCUGAUGUUGAAACAUUACCUGAAAUUGGAGCAUCACGUUCAAUUAAAGAGAUUUUAGCAUAUCUAAUUCCAACUAUGUCAGAAUGUAGGAAAAAAGAUCAAACAUAUUAUGGAGUAGAAAAGUAUUCAAUAUUACAAAUAGUAAUGAAAUCUUUAAUAGCUAAGUUAGAUAAUAUCAAGAAUGGUUUUAUUGAUAAAGAGGGUCAUUAUUGGAAUAUCAAUCUUUAUUUUUCAGCAGACUGGAAAUUUAUGUUAAUUUGCUUGGGUCACAAAGCUGCCAAUAGUGCAGAAUAUUGUUUAUGGUGCCUAAUUCAUAAAUCACAAAAUGGUAUAUUAGAAAGUAAUGGAAUUCUAGAUGAGUUGUAUUUACUAUUAAGAGUUACAGACCAACUUUGGACUUUAGUAAUUAAUGAGCUUUAUAGUACUGGAAAUUAUAAUGAUAUAAUACAUAAAGAUCAAAACACAAAAGCAUGGGCAUAUACACCUUUAAUAGGUGACGACAAAUUAAAGAUAUUACAGAAUUUUAACUUUAUAGUGAUUUUUUCUUUGCAACGUGCUGCACUUAUUAGAAAACUAUGGAAUAGAUUUUACUGUUUGUAUAAUAAUUUACAUAAUUCAAAUAUAACUGGAAAAGACUUUUAUCAAAAAGCAUGUAGUUGGCUACAACUUUUUUUAACACGAUCUCAGAGUAGCAUCAAUUCUCUAGGCUUUGUACAGAGCCUUUACUGUCUAACAGAUGUAACGUCUUAUAUUCAUGUUUUGGUAUAUCAUGUACCAGAAUUUAUAGAUAUUCAUAAAAAUGUUGGAUUCAAUUCUUUUUCAUGUUCAGCUGUAGAGAAGAAAAAUUAUGAACAUAUAUCUCAUUUUUUUCAAAAAACAAUGAAGAAUGGAGGUAACAAAUCAGCGAUUAUAGAAAUUAUGGAAUAUGAAAACCAGAAUAAUUUUUUUUAUAUUAAUGAUAUUCCUCUUUAUUUUGAAAAAGAU